GUAAAAGCAACACAGACAGAUGAAUUCAUUUAAACUAGCCCAGCCUAAAGUAUUAUGUAAUGCAGUCUAAACAACAAAUGUUUUCUAUUUUAUUUAACCUUUAUUUAAUAGGCAAGGCAGUUAAGAAUAAAUUAUUAUUUGCAAUGACAGCCUACCCCAGCCAAACCCUCCCCUAACCCGGACGACGCUGUGCCAAUUGUGCGCCACCCUAUGGGACUCCCGAUCACGGCCGGUUGUGAUACAACCCGGGAUCGAACCAGGGUCUGUAGUGACGCCUCUAGCACUGAGAGGAGCUUAAAUUCACUGGCACUAAUGCCAAUGGAAUUUGUAAAAUAUCAAAUAGUUUGCACCUUGCACACAGAUUGAACUGAGAAUGAGUACUUUGGUGUUCAAGUUCAAGAAGGGGUAAUUAAUUGGGUUACUCAGCGUUUUAUUUGUCUCAAGGAAAAAAGCCCAAAAAUGUUUCUCACACAACAGUAUUACACAUUGAGCAUUGUUGAAUGGUGACCUAUCGCCUCCUUCCUACUGCGUUGAUACCAGGAUAUAUUGUGAUUGAUGUCCACUACUGCAUUGAUAACAGGAUAUGUUGUAUUCUGUUCUGAGUGAUUUCAGCUUUCAUGUGCAGAUUGAGAUUUUAAAAUCAAAUUCACUAUUGUCCUAAAAUAUGAUCUAUUGGUUCUGGGGGGAGAGUCUGUAAUUGAUUGAAUAGCCUAUAAUGUAAGGUAAUUUCCUAAAUAUUCGGGUAUCAAGGAAAAGUCUACUAUAUCACUGACAUCAGUACAGUGUAUGCACCAAUAAUGUAUCUAAACCCUGGAUUGCCGACCCUCUGUAUUGGUCAUUGAGGGCUUUGAAGCCACCAGUCGGCCAUAUUGGCUCUCCCCAGUGGGAGAAGUCCUCCAUAGGAAUGAAUGGAAUUCUACACUAUUUCAAUUCAGUGUUUCAAGGAAAAAAAUGCAUGUAUUUAAGUAUUUUUUUUCUUGUAGUGUGGACAGUAACGGUACUAAAAAAAAAACUUUAUGGAAAUGUUUUAAUAUAUUUUUCAUUUUGUAUUUUUAUGUUUAGCUCACAUAAUAUGAUUUAAAAGUAUGCAUGAAGGUGUCUGUAAUAGAAUAAACAUGUCACAAACGAAUGUAGACAUUAAUACAUGCAUUUCUAUAGCUACCAAAAUAUUUAUUUUACAACGGAGAAGGAAUACCAAGAUGGCUUCAAUAAAGCGCUCCCUGUUAGGCACCCAGAGUUUAUACACAACAUUGGAAUGCACAUCGCACACAUUCAGUGGCAACACUUGACAUCAGCCACUGCUCAUGUUAACAUUUUCAUUGUUGCCGCUCAGUGAGUGUCUGCGGGAGAUAGGGGUCGCCUCCGGGCGGGGCGUCACUGGCUGAGACAUGCAGAUCUUCAACAGAACAUGUGAAGUUAUCUCGAAAGUUGCUCAAUUUACUACUAUCUAAUUAUUCAAAAUGGGGAAGCUGGUUGUCAUAUCACUUUUUGUUGCUGCUUUAUCAGCAUUUGUUGGAGAGAGAGUUAUUAACUUAAGGAAAAGGACUCUUGCUUCCAGAAAGCUUGUCCAAACCCACCUCCCAAACUGCCAUCCAAUCAAAAGCCUUGAGUACGGAUCAGAGGACCUCACAAUACUUCCCAAUGGACUUGCUAUUAUUAGCACUGGCUUGAAGGAUCCUUUAUUGCCAUCCUAUUCAGAUGCCCCUGGAAAGAUGUAUACCCUUGAUAUGAGUGAAGAUUCUAGGAUGAAACCAGUGGAGCUCCGCAUGGGGAGAGGCUUUGACCUGGACUCCUUCAAUCCACAUGGAAUCAGUGUAUACACAGAUGAGACGGAUAACUCAGUAUACCUGUUUGUGGUUAAUCACCCUCAACAAAAAACCCAAGUGGAGAUCUUUCUGUUUGUUGAGGAGGACCACGCCCUUGUCUAUGUGAAAACCAUAAAGCAUGAAUUCCUUUACAGUGUGAAUGACAUUGUGGCUGUGGGAGUGGAGAGCUUCUAUGCCACCAACGAUCGCUAUUUCAGUGGAGGCACUCUGAAUACUCUGGAGGUACUUCUGGCUCAGCCCUGGUCUAACGUUGUGUAUUACAGCCCUGAAGAGGUCAAAGUAGUGGCUGAGGGAUUCUACAUGGCCAAUGGCAUCAACAUCUCACCUGACAAAAGGCACAUAUAUGUGGCAGACUUAUUUGACCACAACAUACAUGUUUUGGAGCGACUGGAAAGCAAUGGUUUGGCCCCAGUGAAGGUCGUGGAAGUGGGCUCUCUUGUUGACAACAUUUAUGUUGACCCUGAGACUGGCGACUUGUGGAUAGGUUGUCACCCUAAUGGCUGGAAACUAUUUCAAAAUGAUCCUGAGGAUCUUCCUGGAUCUGAGGUGAUUCAGAUUAAAGACAUCCACUCUGAGAAGCCAGUGGUGACCCAGGUCUAUGCUGAUGACGGCAGUGUGCUCAUAGGAUCCUCUGUAGCAGCUCCCUACGGAGGAAAGCUUCUCAUUGGAACAAUCUACCAGAAAGCCUUGGUCUGUGAUCUAGCCAAGGAUGACAAAUCAGAGCAAGAUUACUGAAUGUAAGUACAUUAUUUACCUUCAGAGGUGAAUAUAUCAAACCAGUUGCUGUGAUAAUUAUUGUUUUGUUGUUGUGCACUCUCCUCAAACAAUAGCAUGGUAUUUUUUCACUGUAAUAGCUACUGUAAAUUGGACGGUGCAGUUAGAUUAACAAGAAUUUAAGCUUUCUGCCCAUAUAAGACAUGUCUAUGUCCUGGGAAAUGUUCUUGUUACUAAUGAAGAGGGUUAAACCAAGGCCUUAUACCUUUUAAAGGGAUAAUAAAUUAUGUUAUGAUAAACUGAAAUGUCUCCUCUUCAGGAGACCUCUGUGUGUGUGUGUUAAAAACCUGUUUUUGAGUGUUGUGACCUUCAGACACUAUCAGAAGGCUUCUACGUUCAGACUCCUCCUGUCUGGAUCCCACCGUGGUUAUCUGGUUUUCUGAGAACACAAGGCUGUCACAGACCUGAUGAAACCAGCCACCUGUCAGAAGAUGCUUACACUCAUUCACCUUGUUAUGACCCUAUACUUGUGAUGAAAGGUCACGUUUCGGUCAAACCCACUUCUGAGCUUUUAAUUGCUGAUAAGAUGGUUACUGCUGUCAGAGGGAGGUUAGAUUUAUUAAAAUGUUGUUGCCAGGGGAACUUAUGCAAGGAGGACUGGGAGAGGCUAUAUGAGUUGCAGGAUGUCUUAGACAUUUUGCAGAACUUGGGGAGAACUAUCAUGUACUGUUAUAAUGUACUCUGUAACAACUUCUGCCUACAAUUGUAUUACUAAAAGGAGUAUUUUAAUACUUAAACUAAGAGUCUGUGUUUCC